AAGAAAAGAGUAGCUUCAUGUUUCCUCGACGCAUGAAGGUGGAAAGAGAAGACCUGAAGUGAGUUCAACAGUGAACUAUGGCUCAGUUUAUUGAAGACUCCAGCCUCGAGGGCUGGGAGGUGAUUGGCUCCGGAGGUUUCGGACAAAUCUACAAAGCCAGGCAUCGUCAGUGGGCCUGUGACGUGGCCAUUAAACUGCUUCAUUAUGAUGACGGGAACAAUGAAUCUUUGCUGCGUGAGAUCAAGAUGAUGCAGGAAGCAAGCAGCCUGCAUGUUAUUCGUGUCCUAGGGGUCUUCAAGGGUCUACCACCAAACACCAAGUCUGGCUUGUCAACACAGCUUGGUGUGGUCAUGGAGCUCAUGGAGAGAGGAUCACUGGCCUCCCUGCAGAAAGCCUUGGAUGGACCUCCACCCUGGCCGCUGGUCUUCAGACUGGCUCACCAAAUGGCUCUUGGUAUAAAUUUCCUCCACAGUCUGCCCCGUCCCGUUCUCCACCGGGACCUAAAGCCUGAAAACGUGCUGCUGGACGACACUCUCAAUGCCAAGCUUACAGAUUUUGGCCUUUCCCGGAUUUCCUGCAGCGUCGCACAGGUUUCCAAGAAGGAUGAUGAAGAUUCAGGAGGGACAGUCAACUACAUGCCCCCGGAGGCGUUUGGCGAAACAUACAAACCUAAACGAGCCUCUGAUAUCUACAGUUAUGGGAUACUCCUUUGGUCCAUUGUCACAGGGAAACAACCAUAUGAAAAUGCACAGCGCACCAGAGUGGAGCUCCUCAUCCCACUGGGACAGCGUCCACUGCUCGACGAUAUCAAGGGCGAUGCUCUGGGGUUGGCAGAAUUGACAGGACUGAUGCAGAGAUGCUGGGACAAUAAACCUGAACAAAGGCCUCCAGCCCUUCAGUGUACAACUGUGACAGAACAACUAUAUAAGAUGCACAAAGAUGCAAUUUUUGACGCUGUCCAUGAAGUGCUUAAGAAACUGGACCAAAAGGCAAAAGAAAAAGUCAUGACAGAGCAGGUUCAGAGGGAUCAUAUCGCUGAGGCUUCAGCGGAGGAGAUCCAAGAGUCCCUGAGUGGAGUGAAGCUGUCUGCUGAUCCACCCCAGAGUGAACUGGACCCUCUCAGGUAUGGACAGACAACAAGAGCUCACACUCUGCAGGAGCCUCUAAUUUCUCUAAUUUCACGUCUUUCUGCUCUGGACCGUCAUCAUGAAGGACUUCUUAUUUCUGUUAAUCUUGUUCAGAGGAGAAAGGAGGCCCGAGUCAGGAAACACAUGGAUUCACAGAAGAUGGACCUUGGUGGUGAGCAGGGGUUAAGACUUCGUCUGAGGAAGUAUUCCUGUGAACUCACAGUGGACACAAACACAAUGAACAGAUGCCUGAAACUGUCUUACAACAACAGGAAGCUGAGACGUGUGAGAGAGGAGCAGCCACAUCCUGAUCAUCCAGAGAGGUUUGACUCCUCGUGUCAUCAGCUGCUGUGUAGAGAUGGUCUGACUGGUCGCUGUUACUGGGAGGUUGAGUGGAGCGGAUGGGUUUAUAUAGCAAUGAGUUACAGAGGAAUCAGCAGGAGAGAAGACAGUGACAACUGUGUGUUUGGAUAUAAUGAUCAGUCCUGGAGUCUGAUCUGCUAUGAUGGUCGUUACGCUGUCUGUCACAAUAAGACAGAAACUGUCCUCCCUGUCUCCCCGUCCUCCCUCUCUGGUAGAGUAGCAGCGUAUGUGGACUGUCUUGCUGGCUCUCUGUCCUUCUACAGAGUCUCCUCUGACACCCUGAUCCACCUCCACACCUUCAACACCACAUUCACUGAGCCUCUUUAUCCAGGGUUUUGGUUAGGGUCUUCUUCCUCAGUGUCUCUGUGUUCUCUGAAGGAGAAGACAACUUCCAGUCGUGUGGUUUAAAUGUUGGUGGUGGAAGAGCCUCACUUUUGUUGACUGAUUCUGGCUUUAAUGACAAACUGUUGACUUUAUUAUUUCCUAAAAUCACAUUUUAUUGGAGCAGCUUCAAACAGCUGCUAAUGUCUGCAGUGAUUUAAAUCAAUAAAUGUUU